UCUUGCUUCUCUUGCCUUGCUUUCUUGACAUUACAUCCGGUCACGUGAUGUACUACUUUGCUUUGACCACGUGGAUCAUUCAGCAGACAGAAAAUGAACUUCGGUGAUCUGAAGACAAAAUCUGGUAUUGCUAAGCUGAACAGCUACCUUGAAGACAAAAGUUACGUUGAAGGUUAUGUCCCCUCUCAAACCGAUAAUGUGGUUUUCGAUGCGUUGUCUGGACCGCCCGAUUUUGCUCACACUCACGCAAGGCGUUGGUACAAUCACAUCGCGUCGUACAACGCAGACGAACGUUCAAGCUUUGUUGGAGUGAAGAAGCCUAUUUCUGAUUUUACUGGUGGAGCAGCUUCUGCCAGUGCAGCUGAUGAAGAUGACGAUGACGAUGACGACAUUGAUCUGUUUGGAUCAGACGAGGAAGCUGAUGCAGCAGCUGAGAAGUUGAAAGCCGAACGGGCGGCAGAGUAUGCAGCGAAAAAGAAUAAAAAACCUGGAGUUGUAGCAAAGUCCAACAUUAUUCUAGACGUCAAACCGUGGGAUGAUGAAACAGAUAUGGCAGAUAUAGAGAAGCAUGUUCGUAGCAUCGUGGCCGAUGGUCUUCUAUGGGGAUCCUCAAAGCUCGUUCCGGUUGGUUAUGGCAUCAAGAAGCUGCAGAUUAGUUGUGUUGUUGAGGAUGAUAAAAUUGGUACCGACUUCUUAGAGGAAGAAAUCACAAAGAAUGAAGAUCUUGUUCAGUCGGUUGAUGUGGCGGCAUUUAACAAGAUUUGAGGACAGAGUGGUGUGGGAUUGGACGUCUCGGUUGGUUGUAUCAAUUUAUGGUUUGGUUUAUGGUUGAUUGAAUUAUAAUAAGUCGGAGGCAUAAAUGUUUCUGAGUGGUUGAUCGAUUGGAAGCAUUCAU